AAACUACUACAAUUGAAAACAAAAUCAAACCAGGAUCCAGAGUGGCUGAAAAAUCUUCAGAGCCUGUGCCGCAAAAUAAGAUUUGCUUCUUUCAGCUCUUCUAAUGGCAGGAAGCAGGCCAGGUCAUGUAGGUCUAAGAGUCAGAACACAACUCUCAAGGAUAUCCACCCUUCAGAACAAAAUGAGUUUGAAUCACGAUACACUAUGGGAAAGCGAUUGGGGAAAGGAGGCUUCGGCUCCGUCUACGUGGGAGUCCGUAAGGCAGAUGGUAAAGAGGUCGCCAUUAAACGUGCAGAAAGAAAUCACCAUGAUAAAUACAUCUCCAUUCCAGGAGAGACGCAGAACCUGCCUCUGGAGGUAGCGCUCAUGAAGAUGGUGUCCAGGCCUCCUCGCUGUGAGAAUGUGGUGCAGCUGCUGGAAUGGUUCGAAACAUCCAGGUCUUUCAUCUUGGUGCUGGAGCUACCCAACCCCUGCAUGGACCUCCAUCGGUUCUGUAAACAAAACAACUUAAGGCGACUGGCUGAACCAGUGGCUCAGAAGGUCAUUCGGCAGGUGGUUCAGGCUGCUCAGCACUGCCAUGUCCGUGGAGUUUUUCACCGUGACAUCAAGCCUGGGAAUAUUUUAAUUAAUCCUGACACGCUAGAGGUGAAGUUGAUCGAUUUUGGCUGUGGUGAAUUGCUAAAGAACGAACCAUACUCCGACUAUUCAGGCACUUGUUUUUACUGUCCUCCUGAGUGGCAUCUGCACAAAAAGUAUUCUGCUGCUCCUGCUGUGAUCUGGAGUCUUGGGAUUGUUCUGUUUGAACUGGUCUGUGGAAAGUUGCCUUUCAAAAGUAAGGAGAAGAUUGUUGAUGGGAAUCUGCGGUUUGUUUCUGGACUGUCUCAUGAGUGCUGCAGUCUGAUAAUGUGGUGCCUGAAACGACAGCCUGAAUGUCGGCCAACAUUUGAGGAAAUCCUGAAUCAUAGGUGGCUUAAGUAGAAUGCUCAGGACACAAUCAAGAACCCUCCUGCUGAAUCUCAUUUGAUAAUACCUUCAUAACACUUAGAUAACAUGAAAAUAAUUAUUUAAAACAAGAAUGAAAAGUAAUGUUCAAUUACUAAAUUAAAUAAUAUAUUGUAAAAACAUUACUUUUGUAACUGCCUACUGCUAUCACUCCUUACUGUCUCUUUACCACUUUUACACUGUACUGGCCCCUCUCUAUAGCUCUCUUUUACUUUACUACCUUCAUACAUUUAGAAUAACUUUGGGUCGUUCUGCAGGAUGCUCUAUAAAACUUGGGACAAUCAGGGAUGCAUUGUAGCAUUGUGGUGUGAUCCAAUGUGGGUAUGUACAAUGUACUGUAUGGUGACAAACAACUAUAAAAGGACCUUUUAGUGUGAAUUACAAUUUGUACAGUUCUUUAA